CGCUGAGAGCCAAAGUCGAGCAGAGUUGCGCAUAGCUUUUCCGGCGCCGCUCGCACCGCUAUUCGCCGAGCGCAAUCACGUGGUGCAGAAAUGACGUCAAAUGAUCAACUGCGCGCUCCGAAGCCAACUUUACGGAAACGGCGCCGACUCGUUUCUGUCAGUGCGAUCGAAAUUGCAAUCAGCGGGCCGCCGAGCAUUGGCAUUAAUUCAAACCAAGAUAGCAAAAGUUGGGGUACAGUGGAUGUUAGAGAUACGAAAAAAAGACAGAAAUGCCUCCAAGAAAUUUUGGGAACACACUAGGCAACAGAGUAAGAAGGCAGAGGUGGUUCAGCACUCACUGACCAUACCAGAAGGAACAAAGGUAGAGGGAUAGGAAGCUCAGGAAUAUAUUAGGUUAACAAUAGCGGCAGCAUUUGCAGAGCCAGUGGGUAGUGAAAUGGAGAACAAUGACAACAGCAGGACAGAAUUAGAGGAGGAGUACAGAAGGAUGACAAGUAAGGAAUGGGACAGAAUUGAACACAAGGUCCCAGUGGGAACAGCGACAGGACCUGAUAGCAUACCUAUGAAAUCGAUAAGCAUAUUAGGCCAGAAAAGUAAAUUAAAAUUACGACAACUUAUUGAACAAAUAGUAGUAGGGGGAGAUGUUCCACAGGACUGGAAGUCAAGCAGAAUGAUAUUAGUUUACAAAGGUAAGGGAAGCAAGGACAACAUUAAAUCCUACAGGCCAAUAACUAUCACAUCAGUCAUAUACAGAGUAGCAAUGCGGAUGGUGAAAAAGAGAAUGGAGGAAUGGGCAGAACGUGAAGAGAUCUUGGGAGAACUGCAGAAUGGAUUUAGAAGGAACAGAAGGCUAGAUGAUAAUUUAGUUGUUAUAACACAGUGCAUAGAGAUAGCGACACCCAGGCAGAAACCGCUAUGGAUAGCUUUUUUAGACAUUAGAGGAGCCUAUGAUAAUGUAAACCGAGAAAAUUUAUGGAGCCAGUUGAGGGAAUAUGGUCUAGAUAGAAAGAUGAGUUCCUACAACAAGUUUAUACAGAUAAUGAGGUAGAGAUAACAUGGGAGGGGGAAACUACAAAGCCAGCUAAAAUAAGAAGAGGUCUCAGGCAGGGCUGUCCAUUGUCGCCUCUGCUUUUUAUGAUUUACAUGAGCCAAAUGGAAAAGAGACUAGAACAGAGCACAAUAGGAACUGACAUAAGCUAUAUGCUGGAAGGGCAGAAGGUAGCUCAAGUACUAGCCGGACUGAUGUAUGCAGAUGAUAUUGUACUGCUUGCUGACACCCGAGUAGUGCUACAGGAACUAAUGAGCAUAUGUGGAGAGGAGGGAGAAAAAUUGGGACUGCAAUUAAGUAGAGAGAAGUCUGGGAUAAUAGUAUACAAUGAAGAAAGGGGGGACCCAUUGGAAAUACAAAGCACUAAGAUUGAUCAUGUUGAAAAAUACAAGUAUUUGGGCAUAUGGCUAAACGAGGGCAAAAAGUACUUGGAAGAACAGGAAAAAAUUAUGAUUGAAAAAGGGAAAAGGAACUCAGCUGUAAUGAAACACAAGGCACUUUGGAACUAUAAUAGGUACGAAGUGGUUAGGGGCGUAUGGAAAGGGGUUAUGGUACCUGGCCUCACAUUCGGAAAUUCAGUACUGUGCAUGAAAUCGGAAGUUCAGGCAUGCAUGAAAACGAAACAGAGAAGUGUAGGCAGAUUGGCCUUAGGAGCACACGGGAACACCCCUAAUGAGGGAGUGCAGGGGGACAUGGGAUGGACGUCAUUCGAAGGUAGAGAGGCAAUAAGUAAACUAAAAUUUGAACAGAGACUCCCAGCACUGGAGGAAAAAAGGUGGGCAGGAAAAGUGUACGAAUAUCUGUACAUGAAUAGUUUGAACACAAAGUGGACACUCAGAACGAGGAAGCUGAGGAAUAGAUACCUACAGCCGAGGGAGGGGGUCCAACGUGGUUCUAGUGUGGGAAAGGAGGUGAAGGAGACGGAAAAAAAAAUGUGGGAAGAAAGAAUGCUCGGAAAGCCAGCGCUAUCAAUGUUUAGGUUACAAAAACAGGAGAUUAAGAGGGAGCUCUUAUUUGAUAACUCGCGGAGCAGCUCACUAUUAUUCGAAGCUAGGACGGGGGUUUUGAGAACGAAAACAUACAGGGCUAAAUUUGAAGAGGUGGACCUUCGGUGCACAGCUUGCGGAGCCGAAAUGGAGACCACUGAGCAUAUAGUGCUGAGAUGCACAGACCUUCGCCUGACUCUGGCAGAGGGAACAGUGGCAGAUAUGGAAGGGGCAUUAGGUUUUCCCGGGGAACGAGGGCAAAUAGACGAGAAAAGAGUGGCAGUAACGAAGGGGAGGCUAGAGUAUUGGUGGAGGAAGUCAAGGGAGAGAUAAUACCAUAAAUCGGGGAGAUAAUGUUUCCUAUACUGUUUUAGAUAGUUAUUUUGGGGGGAGGAGGGGAGUGAAAACUAGGUUAAGGAAAAGAGGAUAUAAAGAAAGGAAAAAGAAUAAUAAUAAAAUAGGAGGGGGAGUAAAAGGCUAGGUGGCGCCAGCCGCCGCCCGUUACAAAGGGUAUAGCCGCCAUCCAUCCAUCCAUCCAUCCGAGCAUGCGUAGCAACGAUCGGCUCCGGGUUGCAGGUACGGUAUUCGAGGAUAUUAAGUUAAUGACUUUGGUGAAGUGCUACGAAGCACAUCAUUUGGCACUUGUAUUCGAGUAUGACGGGUUGCAGCGCACCAAACUGCGCAAAUCGCACGGAAGGUGGCAAAGCUUUUUACUCGGUGCCGUGCGGACGGACGAGACCGGCCGGCUCCGAAAGGGACCAGGAUAUGCGAGGUUCGUUCGCCUUGUUUACAGAGUGACAUUGAAGUCCGCCCCCACGGCUCCAUGAACCGGCACUCAUCCCCUGCUGCCACGAGCCAUUGCUCAUCCAUUCUCUUGUACG